UCGACGAAGGUGAAUUUGGUGAAGUGUGGAAAGCUGUGGCGCACAAGCUAUAUCUGAAUCCGGUACCUUGUUUAGUCGCCGUAAAAUGUGUUAAAACCCAAUUGACAAAUACCAGCACAAGCUUUUGAUGGAGGAGGUUACAAUUCAUGCUCAAGUGGGACGUCACCUGAAUAUUGUGAACCUUCUGGGAAUGACGUUGUCAGGUGAUUUGCAAAUAUUACUGGAAUAUUCGCCAUUCGGAUCGUUGCUGAACUAUCUUCGAGAUAGUCGUGAGACGUUUGAAGACGAAGCACUCUUUACGGCAGCACAGUAUUCCUGCACGCAAGAAACAACAGUAGAAGUACUGAAGGACGGCGCCGUUGUGAAUUGCAACGUGAGGAAGUCUGAGAAAUUGGAGGAACUUGCUAGCUUCUCUUACCAGAUCGCUCGGGGAAUGGAAUACCUGACCCAUCAUGACAUUAUACACAGGGAUUUAGCAACUCGAAAUGUACUGGUGUAUGAGAACAAGGUGGUAAAAAUAUGUGAUUUUGGUCUAUCCAAGCAGAGAUCUGAAUACUAUCGCAUGGUCGACUCAAAGAAUAUCCGUCUGCCCGUAAAAUGGAUGGCACCUGAAAGUUUGCAGGAGAAGUUAUACUCAGAGAAAUCUGAUGUUUGGUCGUUUGGCAUCGUGGUGUGGGAGAUCUUCACAUUCGGUGAAAGUCCAUAUAGUGCUGAAAUGAAAGAUGAUUGCUGUCAGAUCGACAGCUGGGUUGCAGUUCUUAAAGCUGGAUUACGCUUGUCGAAACCUUCCGCAUGUCCAGGAAAUAUAUACCACCAAAGUGUCAAUGCUUCGUUUGACUACAACUAUGUCUUGGCGGUGAUGUUGAGUGCGACAGACGUGAUAUCCUUCGUUGUGAUGGCCAAAGGUGCUGAUUCCUUAGACAGUACUUCGUUGGUGACCACGGACCUGUUUGUGGAUACGUUGUAUCAGUAA